CUCAGGGUGAACUGUUCCCGUGUUCAAAUCAGGGCAGGCAGUUACCAAGGAGACAGUUAGCUGUGUAGCUAGUCCUUGCUACCCGCUAAACUAGCAGUUAGCAUCGGAGAGACAAAACAGGACUUUUGGUGCCGCAUGUUCCGGUUAAAGAGGACCGCUGUGACAUGGCAGAACUACACAUUAUAGGGCAGAUCAUCGGUGCCAGUGGUUUCCCGCAAAACAGCCUAUUUUGCAAGUGGGGAGUUCAUACGGGAGGAGCAUGGCGUCUUCUAUCCGGGUUGAAGGAGGGUCAGACCCAGGUGGAUAGCCCCCAAACCGGAGACAUGGCGUACUGGAGCCACCCGAUCGAUCUGCACUACGCGUCCAAGGGGCUGCAAGGUUGGCCGAAGCUUCACCUACAGGUAUGGCACCAGGAUUCUUUCGGACGGUGCCAGCUGUAUGGUUACGGGUACUGCCACGUCCCUUCCAGCCCUGGACAUCACCGAAUAAACUGUGCGACCUGGAGGCCGCUCGGCUCCUGGCAAGAGCAGCUGGCGCAAAUGUUUGUCGGCGGAGGUCCCCAGCUCCGCAGCCCGGACCUUAUCUACAGCGGGGCGGACAGAUACAGACUGCACACCGAAGCCAUGGGGACUGUGGAGCUGGAGCUGGGCAUUAUCAUGAGACACUUUGACAAAUAUGGCGUCGAGAGUUGAGAUGUUGAAAUGGAAAAAAGAAAAAUACAUAGAAACUGUUACGGAUUAUAUUCUGGUUACUAGUUUUUAGCAGAAUUUUGUACCUUUUUUUUUUUCUAAA